GUGCGGUGAUGGAGCAGGGGUCAGAGGCUACGGGUUCCCAGCAUCCUUGCUGGUUGUGGAGGAGAUGUCGGCCAUCUUGGAUUGUAGCGGGGAAGACGGAUUGAUGCGGUGACACGCGGUAUGUUUGGUGCUAACCGGAAGAAGUUUAUGGAGGGCGGGAUAGAGAGCGAUUACGCGGACGACUCCAGCCUCUACUACACCCAACAGUCCAUGUUCCCUCCUCACCGCCCUGACAAAGAUAUGCUGGCGUCUUCCUCUGCCUCCUCGACGGGUCAACUGUCACAGCUGGGAGCCAGUUUAUAUGGCCCACAGAGUGCUUUGGGGUUUCCCAUGCGGGGUAUGAACAGCAGUGCAGCACCUCAGUUAAGUCGAAGUGGGUUGAACCAGUCUGCCAACCAGCUCCCCAGUCAUGCCAGUACAGCCAACACUGGCACGAUGCACACGCCUCCCUCACCGAGCAGGGGGAUUCUGCCAAUGAGCACCCGGAGCGUGAUGAACCACAACCAGCAGGUGGGGGGGCCGACGGGGCAGUCGGGCGGGAUGGGAGGCGUGGGGGUGGAGAGGGGAGGCGGAGGAGGGAGGAGCAGCAGCAUGGGGAGCCCCAGCAGGUCGUCACCCAGCAUCAUCGGGAUGCCCAAACAGCAGCAAACACGGCAGCCUUUCACCAUCAACAGUAUGUCAGGUUUCGGUGUGAACAGAAAUCCAGGCUACAACAUGAACAACUCCCUAUCCAACAACAUCUUCAAUGGCACAGACGGCAGUGAGAAUGUGACGGGGUUGGACUUGUCGGACUUCCCGGCGUUAGCAGACAGGAGUCGGAGGGACGGAAACUCAAACCCCACCCCGCUGCUCAACCCGCUGGCAGGUCGGGCUCCUUACGUUGGCAUGGUAACCAAACCGUCCAGUGAGCAGUCGCAGGACUUCUCCAUCCACAACGAAGACUUCCCAGCUCUCCCUGGUCCAAACUACCAAACAAAAGACCCCACCAGCACCAGCGAGGACAGCAAAACGCGCUCUCACCUCCUGACUCGUCCCAUUUUUUCGGAUUGUUUUUUCCCUCCGUUUUUGUCCAAUCAGAAUCUGAACUCGUCGGGAAAGCCCACCUCUAACUCGGACGGCCCCAAGUUCCCCGGCGACAAGAGCUCUGCGCCUAGCAACAACAACCAGCAGAAGAAAGGGAUCCAGGUGCUUCCUGACGGGCGAGUGACCAACAUCCCGAUCGGCAUGGUAACGGACCAGUUCGGGAUGAUCGGCCUGCUGACGUUCAUCCGGGCGGCGGAGACGGACCCCGGCAUGGUCCACCUGGCGCUGGGCUCCGACCUCACAACGCUCGGCCUCAACCUCAACUCGCCCGAGAAUCUCUACCCUAAGUUUGCGUCUCCCUGGGCGUCGGCUCCGUGUCGACCGCAGGACAUAGACUUCCACGUCCCCUCAGAGUAUUUAACCAACAUCCACAUAAGGGACAAGUUAGCGGCCAUCAAGUUGUCUCGGUAUGGUGAAGAUCUCCUGUUUUAUCUUUACUACAUGAACGGAGGAGACCUACUACAACUCCUGGCAGCAGUAGAACUGUUUAACAGGGACUGGAGGUACCAUAAAGAGGAGCGGGUUUGGAUCACCAGGGCUCCGGGUAUGGAGCCCACGCUGAAGACCAACGCCUACGAGAGAGGGACCUACUACUUCUUCGACUGCCUCAACUGGAGGAAAGUGGCAAAGGAGUUUCAUCUGGAGUACGAGAAACUAGAAGAGCGACCUCACGUUCCCUCCACAUUCAACUACAAUCCUGCCCAGCAGGCCUUCUGAUUGGCUCUACCUCCUCCUGCCUGCCUGCCAUUGGCCCUCCUGGCUCGUCAAUCAUCACCCCCCUCCCCCGCCCCCUUUAGGUUCCCCCACCUCCCCACGUUCAAAGCGAAUCUGGCCAAUAAGGACUCAGGACGGGAGAGGACGUCCUGUCUCCCAAAUAGACUCUUUGAUUUUAACUUCUUCUGACUUUUUUUUGUCCUUUACCUCACUUUAUGUUUAGUUCUUUUUAUUUUACCCCCCACCCCCCUCCCAACAGACUUAAAGUCAACAGACAGCACAGUUUCAACACGGCGUAAAUAACCGUCCACCUGAUGAGUGAUUCACGUUUCUAUUGAGUCUUAAGAUUUUGACUAUUUUUGUCUACAGAAGCUUUUAAGAAGAACCACAUUUUAAAAAAACACAGAAUUCAAUCACCUGUCAGGUGGAUGAUUAUUUCACGCUGUGUCAAACCCUCUCGGAUCUUUGGCAGGAAAAUAUUUAUCUUUAUUUUUACCAGGUUUUUCUUUCCAACAGCAUUACAAAUCAACACACACACGCACACACACACAAACACACACAUCAGCAGACAGUGGAGAGUCAGGAGAGAAAAUGCAAUGUACAUUGUAGCACUAUUUCAUAAUAAAAGAAGAAAAAAUA